AUGACGGCGCUGCGCGACACAGCGGCCGUGUUGACGGCACCCGACGUGUCUCCGUCAACACAACAAUGGCGGACGCCGUGGAGGAAGCUCUUCUGGGCAGCUGGGACCAGGAUUUAGCCGAGGCUCUGGACUCGGGCGGUUCUGACAUGGAAAUGGAGAGGGGCAUCGCUCCGGUCCAGGAACAUUCAGCUCAGCACCGGGCCAAGAUGUGGAAGAGCGCACUAAAUGUCUCCGGAAAAGGAGACAGUCUGUCUCCCUGGGACGGCAUCCUCGAUCUACCAGAGCAGACGCUCAUCCAUAACCGCAGUCAACAGCUGAUAGAUCAGCUUGGUUUAUCAGAGGAGGAGAGCAGCGACAUGGUGUCCGACGUCGAGUCGGUCAUCACGUUCUACUGCAAGUCCCGCAACAUCACCUUCACUCCGGACCUGAGCUGGCCGCACCUGCUCAAGCCGCUGCUGGGCCUUCUGCUUCCCCGCAGCGACCUGUACAACUGCUUCUACGCCGUCAUGAACAAAUACAUCCCCAGGGAGUGUGUGCCGAAUGGCCGACCCUUCCACCUCUACAGACUACUGCUGCAGUACCACGAGCCAGAGCUCUGCUCCUUCUUGGACACCAAGAAAAUCACACCUGACUCCUACGCCAUCAACUGGCUGGGCAGUUUGUUCUCCAGUCACUGCCUUCCUGACGUCACCCAGGCCUUGUGGGACCUUUACAUCCAGCAGGGCGACCCCUUCCUCAUCUUCUUCCUCAUGCUUGUCAUUCUCGUCAACGCCAAAGAGACCAUCCUGUCACAAGAAGGAGACUGCAAAGAGGAGAUCAUCAAAAUUCUGGAAGCAUUUCCUUCUCUCCUGGAGUCUGAAGACAUUGAAGAUUUAUUUUCUCUGGCCCAGUAUUACCAGAGCAAGACGCCUUUGUCACUCAGAAAGAUGAAUCAGAAUCUGUUCGGCAGCAGCCUCGUGGCCCUGAAAGAGGAAGACACAGACCUGAGUCAGGCCCUGUGUCUCCCUGUGUCUGUCCCUGAAAUCCUGCAGGCCAACCAGCUUCAGCAGGAUGGGGUUCGGUUCUUUGUGGUGGACUGUCGGCCCGCGGAGCAGUACAACGCCGGGCACCUGUCCACGGCCUUCCACCUGGACUCUGACCUGAUGCUCCAGAAUCCUUCUGAGUUUGCGCUCUCCGUGAAAUCCCUGCUGGAGACUCAGAAGCAGUCUUUGGAGUCUGGCUCCGUCGCCAGUGGGGAGCACCUGUGCUUCAUGGGCAGUGGGAGGGAGGAGGAGGACAUGUACAUGAACAUGGUGCUGGCCCAUUUCCUGCAGAAAAACAAAGAAUAUGUCAGCAUCACUAAAGGAGGUUUCAUGGCGCUGCAGAGGCAUCUGGUCGACAUUAACGUGGAAGGCAUCGACUCCUCAUACGUCCACUGGAUCGUCAGCACGUCAGGGUCUCACAGCAGCCUCAGCUCUGCCGAUGGAGAGUCUCUGAGCAGCCCUGGAGACGGCAAAAGCGUCAAGUCCCUGGUCAACAAAAUGACAUUUGCUCUCAAGUCGAAGUCGGUGAAUGUAAAAGAGAAGAUGAUCAGCUUCAUUGAGAAUACCUCCACCCCUGUAGACAGAAUGUCUUUCAAUCUGCCCUGGCCAGAGAAGGUGGUUCCAGAUCGGCACGUGAGCAGCAGCGACCGUGUCGGCAAACCAUACCGAGGUGUCAAGCCUGUGUUCAGUAUUGGCGAUGAAGAAGAGUAUGACACAGAUGAGAUCGACAGCUCGUCCAUGUCAGAUGAUGACAGGAAGGAGAUCGUCAACAUUCAGACCUGGACAAACAAACCAGAUGUAAAGCAUCACAUUCCGUGUAAUGAGGUGAAAGAAACGGGCCACAUGUUCCCGAGCCACUUGUUGAUCACAGCGACUCACAUGUACUGCCUGAGGGAGAUUGCCUCGAGGAAAGGCUUUGCCUACAUCCAAUCCAGACAAGCACUGAACUCUGUGGUGAAGAUCACUUCCAAAAAGAAGCACCCCGAACUGAUCACAUUCAAGUUUGGCAGCAACAACUCGGCGGGAGUGGAGAUAUCUGCAGUUGAGAGAUAUUUGAUACCAAACGCUGGCGAUGCCACCAAAGUCAUCAAGCAGCAGAUCAUGAGGGUCCUAGACGCUCUGGAGAGCUCGUAAAAAGGGAGUAGACGGUGCCCCGGUGGGGAGGACCACGACGGGGCAGCCUGUGACCCAAACUGUAAAGAAGAGCCUUCGUCUGCCAAGAGUGAAACCUCGUCCAGCUCUCUCUCCCUCUCUCUCUCUGGAUAGAUCCAGUGCAGUGUUGACUGUUCAGCCCCGUGUGUCUGCGUCUGGGACACGUGGGGCUCACCACUGACUGCAGACCUGCGGGACAGACUGUGUGUGUUGAAAUACUAAGGUGCUCUGCAGUCGUCAAACCCAUUAUCUUACACUAAUUUAAGGAUAUUUGUCAUAUCGUAUGUUUUUUGAUUUACUCUUGAUAAAACGUGGGAUCUCCUAACAGUGCGAUUCCACCUGGGUGAUUUCCCUCUGGCCUUAACGUAGCGAACUGACCAGCCGGCUGCACAUUUGCUCGAUUGUCACACGGCCGACCUUUUCUUUUGACUCCAGCGUCUCCGCCAGUUCAGUCCUGUCUCUCCAUUUACUUUUUGGAUGUGCUAAUGUAGAUUUAAGGAUCCUUGAUUGCAAACACAAACAUAAAGAUGCACAUCCCAUUUAAAAAGACAGUGUUGGCACACAAGGAAGGUUUUCCUACCGCAACAACUGUUUUUGCUAUCUUUUUUCUUUUUCGAGCAGGCAGCCUUAGAUGCAAAUCAUUUGAGGGUGUUUUAAAACACAUGAUGUAUAAAAAUGUGUAAACUGCUCUAUAUCGGCACAGACCUUUGCAAUGUCGUUCUGAAAGCAUAUCCUGAUAGUUAGACUACGCAGUGAAACUUGAGCUGGUUUGCCUUCUGUUUAGAGUAAAGCGUGAGCCUCCAUGAGUGUGAGUUUCCUGGAGAUCAUUUAUUUACUUUCACCUAGUAAUGGAUUAAACCUCAUCAUCAUCAUAGCAGUCGGAUGUAGCUCCCCAAAAAACACUGCUCACUGACCCUCCAGACCACGAGUUACAACAGGAGGUUCGACAGUUGUUGGUAUUAAGAGACUGAGCACCUCAGUAUUUUUUUCCAUCCCGUUCAGAUUCAUUAUGUGAAGGAUUUCACCCUUGUUUCUUACUGUAACGGAAGCAGCACCAUGCUGACUUCUACCCCAUUCAGAGAGAAAGGAUCCCCGCAACAAGCCCUGUGCUCUGCACGUUGAGGGCGCAGCUUUUGGCGGGAGAUAAAUUCCGCCCGUCUUGUCCACUGUAUUGGUCGAAACUACAGCAGCUGUAGUUUGCUCGCCACUGUUGCCUUUGGCCUCAUGCCUGUGGUGUGUGUGAUACCGGCACCAACAGUGGCAGCAUAAUCACAGUAUAUGUAUAUCGCUGCUUCCCCCUCUCGUCUUAAACUAGACUCUUCCCCUCUUCGUUGCUUGCUUAACAAAUUGAUUUGCGCUGAAACAUGGUUGUGUUGGCAGCGUGGGUUUCAAAGUGUCAAAGCCUCCUAAGUGACGCGGCACCUUCCUUCACAGCUCCAUUCCAGAGAGGUUUCUUUUAUCCUUAAAAAUACAAAAUGAUGCGAGAAAUCAACCUUGGUUAGAACUUACGGCACAUUUAAAAAGAUGGGCAACAAAAUGCAAAACUUGAAUUGGAGACUCGUAAAUCUGGUCUUUCUUCACUCCAGACCAUUCAGAGCAUUCCUGUGUAACCCACGCAUUGUGUUGUAAUUUGUACUUUUGUGAUACUUCUCUGUAUUCUGUUAACUGGAAAAUCCUUACUUACAUACUGGGAGUCUUUACGUUACUACUACCAUCACUGGCUAAAGGAUGUCGACCACUAGUUGAAAUGCGACGUGUCAGAUGUAAUUUGCACCUUACUCUGUACCGCUUCUCCUUUUCUAAGCAUUUCUGUUUUUAAUAAAUGGAAAUUAUGAGACUGCAAAA